AUGGUCCAAGUGGGGGACCGGCUUGCUGUGGAGUCAGACAAGUGUACCGUUCGAUUUAUAGGUGAAAUCCCUCAAUGGCCCGGUACAAUCACAUUUGGAGUGGAAUGGGAUGACGCAAAACGUGGGAAGAACCUGGGAGUGCUUGAUGGUGUCCACUACUUUGAUGUCAGCCACCCACAGCUGGGGUCGUUUAUUAAGCUGACCAAUCGCAAAAUCAACUUUGGAACAUCACUUGAAACAACUCUAAACCAAGUUUAUCGAGAUAACGACGCCAUGAAGCUGAUUAAAUGGUCUCAACAUAAGGCGACCGAGAAUUUGGGGUGGGACGCCCAUAACGAGCUUAUGCGUGAUUAUACUCAAUUGGAGUCAAUAUCAGUGGAUAACCGAAACGUUAAUCAGGUGGAAAUUACUGCCAAGUUUCCCAAUCUUAAGAUGUUGGACUUGAGCAGCAAUUUGUUGACUGAUUUCUCCCAGAUUUUGAAGGGAUUGAAGCAAAUGCCAAACUUGAAGAGAUUAAACGUCAAUGGCAAUCGAUUCAAUUGGCAAUUACUUGAGAAUUUUGAGGAGAAAGAGCAAUUUCCUCAGGUGGAACAGUUACUACUUGCGGCGACGUUUAUACCCCCUCAAAUGGUUUCUAAGUUAAUCCAAUGGCUUCCCAAUUUAACUGAAGUGGUACUACUGUUUAAUCAGUACUCAGAUUUUCCCGUUCUGUUGCCAUUCAUUGGCAAAAUCGAUUUAAGCUAUAAUCGAUUACUGGCAAUUCCCACCCUAAAAUGCACUCAAUUGAAGGUUGAUCAUAACCAAAUCGUUACCAUUGACCCUAUAAACGCCACGGCUAUCGAUUUACGCCAUAAUCUCAUUGCCCUGUGGCUCCAAGUGGAUAAACUUGUUGGUGUCACUUCAGUGCGAAUCAACGAUAACCCCGUUUUCCACGGAAUUUCAGUGGAUGAUCAAAUCGCUCAAUUAGUGGGUCGUUUAGGGGCUACUAAAGUCAAUGGUGUUGUCAUUAAUGACUUAGAACAGCUGGAACUAUGGUUUAUUGGCCAGGUGCAAAAGGGGAAUAUCGAUUAUCCCAAUAAUUCUCGGUGGCAAGCUCUAUUGAAAAAGCACCAGAUUAAAGAAGUGGAUACGAAACCAAAGUAUACUAAUUAUCCUCAGGUUAAACUUCGGUUUUCCGGUGAAUAUAUGGGGGAGAAGCUCUAUUUCCAUAAGGCGCUGGUUUUAUCGAUCUACGGCGAUAUUGCUAAUCGUUUGGACCUAACGGUGAGGGAGAUUGAACUUUGGGGCGUGUGGGGCACCGUACGGGCGCCGCUUGAUGAUUAUAUCCAGGAAAUCGGUGAUUUACAAGUGGACUCCAUUGAAGUGAAAUUGCGCAAUUACAAGGCAAAACUAAUUAAAACAGCCUCUAGUCAUGUUAAUGACGUUGCAUUAAUCAAAUGA